AUGUCGGUCAGCUGGGAAGCGCAAGAUUUGUUUGCGUCGACGAACGAGCCGGCUUGCCGUGAUCAUGCCACUUCCGGUGGUACCAUUAUCGCUGAGCGAUGUCCGAUCAGGGUUGCACGAUUUCCGGCCGCCAAGGGUAUUCGGGAGCUGCUGAUACGGAAAGGCGAUGGAGGAAAAAUUGGAAUCACCAUCCGACGCGUACUGGAAGGAAAGAUGAUCGUGUGUGCCGUUGCGCGAAGGAGUCCAGCCUAUUUGGCGGGUGUAAGAUAUGGGGAUGAAAUAUUGUGCCAUGAAGAUGAGCCCCUGCCCGGUAUUGAGAUGGAAAGGAUGCGGAAAAUGAUCGAACACAACUCUCGCAAUUGCGUGAAGCUACAGACGAAGGACAAAUCAGGUGAACGGUACGUGACGAUUACUCGGGAUGUAGAGAAAGGAUACGGAUUUCGGUUUGUAAAUGGCGAAAUCACGGUUAUUCGGCCGAAUACGUCCGCCGAGCAGCAGGGUCUGGAACGAAAGCUACAAAUCGUAGAAGUGAAUGAGGAGGUAGUAGUCGGAAUGAGCGAUGAAGACAUAGAGGCAAUCAUUUACGCCAGUGGCGAUUCGGUUACGUUGUGUGUGGUACCCGUGAAAAUCUACCGACAGUUAUUUGCAAGCCUAUCUCCGGUUGUAGAUGAUGCACUUUUUUUGGUUGAUAUGUAGUCCAUUUAGCAUUGAGUAAUAGAACAUUCCACAUUGGACCCCGCUUAGCGUAUAACGCUAAAUGGUUCAAAAGACCAAC